UUCGCAGUACUACGGAUCGACAGCGGCCAUUUAAAAAACGAAACUUGGAGGAAGCGAGAGAGAUGGAUAUUAAAGAGAGAUAGGGAGAAUGAAAAAAAAAAAUAAUGUAUACAUACAAUACGAGGUUGUUUAUCUGCUUUGCCCACUUUGUAUUCAGUUUAGCGUCAGAGUUGUCAUCGGCGGUCGAGAGUCAUCUGAAUAAGCGCAUUGGAUCCGAGGCGGGCGAUCAGAUGCGCGAUAAAAUAAUAAAAAUGAUCCACCAGAACUGUCGUCAGGGUGUCUACCCGCGCUCAAGCGUAAACAGGUUUGAAGUACCAGAGGACAAAGUGCCCUGGUUCAAGGAAUUUCCCGAUUACAAUCCUGCGUCGUACUCGGCGCCCACUAUCCAGGGACAGCCGUGGGCAGAUCCAGACAUUAGCGAUCCCCAAUUCACUCCCAAGUGGAAUGACGUGGAUGGCAACGUCAGCCGCAAAAGCCACACUGGUGAGUAUGCGAUCAACGAUAAAGGAUUUCCACUGAAUCCGGUGGGUCGCACAGGAAUCAUUGGCAGGGGUCUACUGGGUCGCUGGGGACCAAAUCACGCAGCAGAUCCGAUAGUUACACGUUGGAAAAGGAAUGGAACUGGUGCCGUUGAGAUAAGCAGAGUGACAGAAAAUCCUAUCCUUCAGUUUAUCGCUGUGCAGAGGAAAGACUCUGGGGACUGGGCUCUUCCAGGGGGGAUGGUGGAUCCUGGAGAAGUUAUAACUUCUACACUUAGAAGGGAAUUCAUGGAAGAGGCUAUGAACUCGUUGGAGAAGGAUGAGGCACAGGUUGAGGAGCUGAAAGAAUCGCUGGAAGAAUUCUUCAAGAAAGGAGAUGAAGUGUUCAAAGGGUAUGUUGACGACCCGAGAAACACUGAUAAUGCGUGGAUUGAAACGGUAGCUUUAAACUUUCACGACGAAAAUGGAAGCAUUGUUGGCAAGCUGGAGCUAAGCGCUGGAGACGACGCCGCUAAUGUUUGCUGGACUGACGUUAAUAAGGAGCUUGAAUUGUACGCUAGUCACAGAGAUUUCAUUAAACGAACCGCACAAAUGCAUAAUGCACAUUGGUAGCAAAAAAUUUUUAAAACGAGAUCGAAGAUUGUAGUUGGUACUAAAUAUGUACACGUGGUUCAAGGCUAUUUUUUAUAUACGCUAAGGUAAGAUUGUUGUUAUUAUUAUUAUUAUUUCACGAAAAAUGUUAAAUCAUAUUUUUCUAACAAGUAUUAUAAUCUAUUUUUCUACUAACCUUCGGAGAUAAGCGAUAACAGAAAAUCCGGAAUAAUUUUAUCAGAUACAAACGUUCACUUUGAUUAAUUUUCGUAAUUCAGUUUCAGAAUAUUUGAGUACAAAGUAGACUGUACACCAUUUUUUGUCAUUAGAGACCAUAGUUACAAUUUUUACAAUAUAAGUUUUAUUCUUCAACACAUAAUAUAAAAAAUUAAACGUAAUACAAUAAAAUUAUUUUAUAUACUUGUAUAGA